AUGACCACCACAAAGUCGCGCAGCUUUCCUGUCGAUGUCAAUGUGACUGCUGCACUUAUAGAUGACGUGCACACCGACGUCGCCGUUCUUGGAUUCGCCAACUGCGUGGUUGUGCUGAUCACGCAGCUCGCCUCGGUCGGCAGCAUAAUCCAAGCAGUGACGUCGCGAGUCUCCUACAACGACGGCGAGUUCGGUGAUCUCGUCGAGGUGGAUGACGUGCCUGUUGAUAUCAAGUUUGUGCUGGGCAAUGCCAAAUGCGUCCAAGGCAGCGUCGCUGUACCAGAUCUGCGCCAUGCACGUUGCCCAGAGCAGACACAGGCAGAACCCGCUCGACACCCGGCCGCUGGUGCUGGGCAUCGGGCUCAAGGUGCCGGCUGGGUUCAACCUGCCGCAACCAGAGGAUGGCGACGACGGAUCAGCAGCGGACAGCCGCAUCUAUGCAACUGUGCAGGCGUCGCUGUCGCUGGUUGA